GAACAUAGUCGAGCUUCAGCUAAAUCUAUAGAAACAGCUCAUCAUUGGAGUGAGUGAAAUUUGAAAGUGUUAAAGUGCUAAUUGAUAAAGAAACAGCAGCAGAUCUUCCACAAAAAUGCGAGGAAUCGUUAUCGUUUUCAUAGCCUUUUUGGCUUAUUCGAGCGCUUAUCCGUUAGAGGAGCAACAGGUCAGUGUUCAAGUACCUGAAAGCUCUCUACAAGUGGAAGCAUCCGAAAAGAGUGCAGUGCCCGAAGCAUCUGAAAUUGUACAGAUUGUAGCCGUGCCGGUAGCAGAAGCAGUGCAAUCACAGGCUCAGAAACUUUUGGAUGUUGAUGCGGGGCUUUCGACAAGCAUUAAAGGAGCUCGUCUAGCACGUCAGUUCGGUUAUGGCGGAUUCGGCGGCUAUCCCGGUUAUGGAGGAUUUGGCGGUUUUCCCGGUGGUUAUGGCGGCUACGGUGGAUAUGGCGGCUAUGGUGGUUAUGGUGGCUACGGAGGUUACGGAGGCCAUCGGCAUCAUGGUCAUCAUGGUCAUCGCGGUGGCUUUGGUGGAUUUUAUGGCUAAAAUGUAUGGGAGAAAUAAGAAGCAUUAAAUGUGAUAAAUUAUGUAAAAGUCAAAUGUGUGUACACUUACAUCUAUUUAUUUAAUGAAAACACUGCAAUAAAGAAUUUAUGAAAUCGUUAUCAAAA